AUGACGACGGACAACAAUAUACUCCAGUUUAAGGUGACGGAUAAGUGGGCGGAGACGUUAUUCAAACUCAAGUUAAUACUCAAUCGCCUGUCAAGUCGCAAUGCAAACACGCCUGAUAAACCGACAGCUGAAGUCACUUCCCGUGCACUUGAAGCUGCUGUGGUGGCAUUGCGAAAGUUUGAUUGGACCCCUGAACUCGCGGAGGAAGUACGGGGUUUGCUCGCUGCGUUGUCGGACGCUUGCUCCAAGAACGAGACACUGAGGGUUUAUUUCCAUCGAGUUCGAGCUGAGCUGGAAAGUCUCGAGAUGAACAUGCCACAAGCAAAGCCUGUUACUAUAAUGAGUACUGAGUCAUUGGAUGUCCAGAUUCUGCAUUUCAAAAAGCUAGUUCAGAAGGUGCAAAAGCUGCCAAGAAGGGAAAAAUCGAAAUGCGCUAUGGAAGCGAUCGAGUUGAUGCAACACGUAAUGGCAAUGGACCACAGCCGCACACACCGAACCGAGGUGCGCCGCGCUGCUAAAGCCGUGAAGUACUGGUUUUGCGCUGUCCCAUUCCGGAUUGAACUGGGCGACGUGUAUGAAUCUUUUACGAACAAGUUUGCUGGGUAUUGCAAAAGCCUUAAAGGCAGCAAAUACGAAGGGGACGUUGAUGGCAUGCUGAGGGUGCUUGAUACGAGGAGAAGGAAGUUCAAGACGCCUGCAAAAACAAAACGAAAGCAAGAUCAGCUGAAGGCGAUAAUAGCCGAUGUGGAGCAGUGGCAGGCUGACACUUUUUCUUCGAGUCAAAUGGCUAGUGCAAUCACGAGGUUCAGCUCUGUAGCUACUUACCAGGUAAAGGAAUGGGAUCCACUGGCAGACUCCAACUCCCGCUUGUGCGUGGACAAGUUAAUCCGCUGCAUCCACUUGAUGCCACAAAGAUCUCAUCGCGACAAGUAUCUGAAGACCUUGAACAAAUGGAAGAAGAGCAUUGACACGUAUCAAUAA